AUGCAUUGGAUUGAAGAAGACUCAAAAGAGCAACGGAAGAAGAUUGUUGAAGAAGUUCCAAGCAAAACCGUAGAAGAAUUGAAGCAACAUUACCAGUUACUAGUGGAAAAUGUAACUGCAAUAGAGGCUGGUCAAAUACCAUUCCCAAACUAUACAUCAGAAGAAACUACAUCUUCAAGUAAAGAUCUCCAUGGAUCUUCCAAAUGGAUGAGGAUGACCAACGAAUGGCUGUUGCUGAGGUCAGUGAUGAGAUCCUGCGAUGCGAGCGGUGGCGGCAGCGGUGAAAGAAGCUCGUGCGAUGGAGAGAGCGUGGGCAGAGUGAGGAAGAAGCUCUUCACUUAUGUAGAGUGUGAAUAG